AUGGCCCUGAAACGGAAGGCCUCCGAGGGCUCUCUGUCUCCUAGCAAGAAGGCCCAGAAGCGAUCCGCGCUAGAUGCGAACGAUCCGAUCUAUGAAGAGCCUCAUUCCGAUGCCGAGUAUGAAGCCUCGGAUGCCAGCAGCGUAGCCAGCGACAGUCUCCAUGAGACUCCGGCUACCCCGUUCUCGACGACCUCAACAAAGUAUCCGUCCGAGUUGAAAACCCAUCUGUGUCCGUUUGAGGGCUGUACAAAGGCAUUCAAUCGCCCAGCACGGCUCCAGGAACACCUCCGGUCACACAACAAUGAGAGGCUGUUUCCGUGUACACACGAAAACUGCGACAAGACGUUCCUCCGAGCCUCGCAUUUGAACCACCACGUCAAGAGCGCGCACACAGGUGUCCGCGACUAUGUCUGCGAUCGCCCCGGCUGUGGCAAGAGCUUCGUGACCGGAUCCCGAUUGCGGCGACACCUCGCUGCGCACGACGGCCGCGAUAAGUACCGCUGCACGGAAUACCCGCCCUGCAGCGAGACCUUCCGGAAGCAUUCGACCCUACAGAAGCACAUCAUGACCACGCAUCUGAAACAGAAGCCAUUUCCGUGUCCCCAUGUCGACCCAAAUACGGGCGAAAAAUGUCCCAUGGCCUUCGACACGGCGGGUCACCUUCGAGCGCACGAGAGCCGGAUCCACACGGAGAAGCGCUUCACCUGCGCAGAAUGCUCCCAGUCUACACAGCAGGGCGCGGACACAUCGACCAACAUGGCUGUGACAUUCCCGACAUAUGCCCUGCUGCAAGCCCACAUCCGAACCGCGCAUCCGCCCCAGUGUCCUCACUGCUCAAUCAGCUGCUCCACACAGCGAGAGCUGCGUCGCCAUCUCGAGGUAGCCCACGGCAACGUGAGCCUCGAGGAACGCCGAGUCUUCCCGUGUACUGUCCCGGGCUGUGAUCGCAGCUUUACGAAGAAGGGGAACCUGACCGUGCACAUCCGGACUGUCCACGAAGGCGAGAAGCGGUUUGUCUGCGGCGAAACAGACGUAUCCACGUCCAAAAAGACUGUCGGCUGGGAUGGGAACGGAUGCGGAAAGCGGUAUGGCAGCAAGCUCGCCCUAGAAGAACAUAUCCGCACCGCACACCUCGGUUUUCCCAACGCCAAAGCGGAGCGCCGACAACGUCUGGGCCUGGCCAGCGGCCAGAGCACCCCCAAGGCGAGGUACGCUGCGCCGUCGGCGUUGGCUGCGCUCACUGGUGAGGGAUAUGCGGAGGAAAGUGGCCGUCGCAUUGUCUGUUUCGUGGAGAGCUGCCCGCAUCGCUUCCACCGCAACUACGAUCUCUGGGUCCAUAUGGGAAGCAAACAUCACUGCUCCGAGGAUGAGAUCCGGGACAUGUUCAUGCAGCGCGCCUUGCUGGCUGAAGACAAUGAGCCCAUCAGCGGUGAUAUCUUCGGUAUCUAUGGCCUUGAUCUGGAUGAUGACGCCUCGUACGAGCCAUAUGUCCUGGGCGAGCCGUCGGCUGCCGAGCAGAAUACCACCGGCGACGGCGACACUGAUAUGCGCACAGGCCUCGGUGCAGAACACUUCGGGGGUGAUUUGGAGUAUAACUUUGACAUGAUGAUGGAUAACGUCGAUCCUAAGAUACCCGAUUCUGAUGAUAUGGUGAUGGUUGAUCCUUUGCUGGCGUACAACAUGAUGGAGUCCUGA